AUGGUCUUCUCUGAGUACACUGCGCUGAGCUGUGACAAUGUCACCAGCAGUACUAAAGACCCUUUCAGAUGGUACACUAGUAGCAGCUCUGUAGGUAGAACGCUGGAGGAAUUUAAAACAUCUGUAAAUAUAGCUGCUCACAAAAAGGUGACUUUUGAGCUCACAUAUGAGGAACUGAUGAAACGCACACACGGCAAAUAUGAGCUGCAAAUCCAUGCCCGGCCCAUGCAGCCUGUCAAAGACUUCAAGCUGCUUUAUUUGAUUUCAUGCCAGGUCGAUGUGUAUAUUCACGAGAAGGCCGGCAUCAGUUUUGUCGAUGUGAAAGGAGGACUAAGCACCAAAGCCCUGGCUAAUGCCAUCACCAAAACCAAAGCAGAUGAACAGGUAUGGGUGCACUUCUAUCCAACUGUGGACCAACAGAAAGUUUGUGAUAGCUGUGGCGAGCAUGGUCUGAAUGGAGAUCUGAUUGUUGUUUAUGAUGUUAGCAGAGACUCUGGACUGGGAGAGAUCAAGACAUCAGACGGGUACUUCAUCCAUCACUUUGCUCCAGCUAGUCUUCCCCGAAUAUCAAAAAAUGUUGUCUUUGUUAUUGAUCGAAGUGGCUCAAUGCAAGGCACAAAAAUGGAACAGACCCGGAGAGCAUUAAUCCAUAUUUUAAAUGACCUGGCAGAAGAAGACUUCUUUGGUCUUAUCACUUUUGAUGACCAAAUAUUUCACUGGAAAAAAGAACUUGUUCAAGCCACCAGUGGAAAUCUGCAGAAGGCCAAAACAUUUGCUGAGACUAUUGAGGCCAGAGGAGCUACAGACAUUAAUACCGCAGUGCUGAAGGGAGCAGAAAUGCUGAAUGCACAUCCCAGAGAAGAUUCAGCAUCUAUCCUUAUUCUCCUCACAGAUGGAGACCCAACCUCAGGAGAGACAAAUAUUGAGAGCAUACAAUCAAAUGUAAGACGGGCCAUUGCAGGCAAAUUUCCUCUCUACUGCCUCGGUUUUGGGUUUGAUGUCAAUUUUAAUUUCCUUGAGAAAAUGUCGCUGCAAAACAACGGUGUGGGAAGACGAAUUUAUGAAGACUCUGAUGCUGAUUUACAGCUGACGGGUUUCUACGAAGAGGUGGCCACUCCUCUGUUGACGGAUGUGACAAUGAUCUAUUUGGGAGGAACCAACUUGACCCAGACUAAUUUCAGUCAGUAUUAUAAUGGCUCUGAAAUUGUUGUGGCUGGUCAGAUCACUGAUAACAACAUUGAAACCUUCAUUCCACAAGUUGUGGCAGUUUCAAGGAAUGGAAAGAUGACAUUUUCUAAGACAAAGACCUCCACGGUGACCCCUACUGGAACAGUGUCUGAAGGCCUCCUCCAGAGGGUUUGGGCUUACCUCACAGUCAAACAGUUUCUGGAGAAAGCGCUGCUGUUGUCUGGAGCAGAGAAAGAGAAAGUGAAGAAAGAGGCUUUGGAGUUGUCCCUAAAGUACAGCUUUGUGACCCCACAUACAUCCAUGGUGGUCACCAAGCCUCAGGGGGAGAACACAGACGUGCUUCACAAACCUAAGGAGGGGGAAAGAUCAUCACAAGAUCAGCAAUAUCAUAUUGGACAUGGACAAACAAUGAAGAUCCCCACACGUUCUGAGCUUAAGAAUUUUAGUUUAACAGAACCUCGUUUUAUGAUCAUUAUUAUUAUUUUUAACCCAAUAGGAGGUUAUCCAAGUCAUCCAGGUCUUCACGGUUUUCGCGGUCCUCCUGACUAUGACCUUUCUUACGACGAUGAUCUAACUAUGGAUCUGAUCCCUUUGAGAGCAACAUUUGCUCCUGUUUCCCACAGAUUUGUGCUGAAAACAGAGAAUCAGUCUCCUUCACUUUGCUUUGACAUUCAUGGAGAGGUCCUCCUUAAACUUCUUCACGAUCCCAGCAAAGAGCUGUAUGUGAAUGGUGAGCUGGAUUCAGUAAAAAAUGGAGGCUUCAAAAAGAUUGUCAUCCAUGUCCAAACUGACCUGCUUGUCAAGGUUGACACAAAUGAAGUUACUGUCCAUGAAGGACAAGCAGCUGCACGCACAGUUGGAGAAGAUCCCGUCACAGUUGGAAGUUUGACUGUAAUCAAUCGUGGCAAUGAAAUAGAUAUUGCAGUCGGCGAUGUGCGCAUUGUCAUCUUAGUUCACGGGAACUACAACAAAUUCCUUUGGCCCGUUUUAAGACAGAGGCCAUCUGCCGACAGUACUGAAGGAAUUUUAGCUUUGAAGCCAGCAGUCUAUCAGGAGGUACAACAAGUUCCCGGAACCAAACUGAGGAUCAAUGAUCAAGAAAUUCAUGUCACGAGUUCCAGUGCUGUUGACUACAGUACCAGCUCUUCUGCACAAAUUCACUGCUGGCUCAUUUCAGCUGACUUCGUCCUGCAGAGACCUGUGAAUGAUUUUGUUGUUGCCAAACUUUAAUUUAGAAUGAUUUGGAAAGCAUGCAUUUCAAAAGACAAAAAAAAAAAAAAAAAAUGCCAUAACACAUUACUACAAUACA